GAGGGGAGCUGUCGACGCUCUUUCUCAUUUUCUACCUAACUUGGACUAUAGAAGUUGGAAGUCUUUUCCGCUAGAGUGGCUACCACGGCGACGCACCUCCCUUUGCUUGGCACGCUAGGUGUUGUGGAAAAGGAAAGCGAGACGGGCUUCGGAACAGCAGAAGAGUGAGAGGAGUUUGCGGUCGCAGAGACCUAUCUGUUUUCCAAUGCAUUCUUUCAUCAGAUGAGUUCACCAAAUAAAGCAAUUGAGUUACAGUUGCAAAUCCGACAAAAUGCUGAAGAACUUCAAGAUUUUGUGAAAGAUUUGGAAUCAUGGGAGAAGGAUAUUAAAGAAAAAGAUCAUGAUCUAAGGCAUCAGAGUGGCACUGCCGAAAAAGAUUUACCCCCAAUUCGGAAUGAAGCUUACAAAAAAAAGAAGAGCAAAGGGAGCAAACAAACAAUUGAGGAAAACAAAAAGAACAAGAUAAAAUCUUAUGAUUAUGAAGCUUGGGCAAAGCUGGAUGUGGAUAAGAUACUUGAAGAAUUUGAUAAGGAAGAUACCACUCAUGACUCAGUGUCAGAUUCUGAGGAAGAUGGAAUUCACAUUGAUACAGAAAAAGCUCUUGCUGAGAAAGAAAAGGGCAAUACUUAUUUUAAACAAAAAAACUAUGACGCUGCAGUAGAAUGCUACACAAAAGGAAUGAAUGCAGAUCCUUACAAUCCAGCUUUGCCUACAAAUAGAGCAUCUGCCUUUUUUCGGCUAAAGAAGUUUUCUAUGGCUGAAUCUGAUUGCAAUUUAGCCCUUGCCUUAAACAAAAAUUACACAAAGGCUUAUAGCAGAAGAGGGGCAACUCGUUUUGUGUUACGAAAUUUUAAGGGUGCCAAAGAAGAUUAUGAAAAGGUUUUGGAAUUGGAUCCAAACAACUUUGAAGCAAAGAAUGAACUUAAGAAAAUUGAACAGGCUCUCUUGUCAAAAGAAAACUGUCAGGCUGAAGAAACAGAUACUUUUAGCAAAGUAGAAAUUACAGAAGAUGAACUGAAACAAUUGGAGGAGGAGCAGUUGAAGCAAAAGGCUAUGGCAGAAAAAGAUUUGGGUAACAGAUAUUUCAAAGAAGGUAAAUAUGAAAUAGCAAUAGAAUGUUACACACGUGGAAUAGCAGCAGAUGGCACCAAUGCACUUCUUCCAGCAAACAGAGCUAUGGCCUAUCUAAAAGUUCAAAAAUAUGAAGAAGCAGAGGAAGAUUGCACCCGAGCUGUGUUAUUUGAUUCUUCAUAUUCUAAAGCCUUUGCCAGAAGAGGCACAGCUAGAGCUGCUCUUGGAAAACUAAAAGAAGCUAUGCAAGAUUUCGAAAGUGUCCUGAAGCUGGAACCUGGAAAUAAGCAAGCAAUGAAUGAAAUAACAAAGCUUAAAAAUGAGUUAAUCGCAAAAGGUUUUUUGUCAGACACUGAAUAUUUUGGACUACCACAGAAUGAAUCAGAAAUACAAAAUCUGGUAAAACCCAUUGAUAAACCCUUGCAUCUGAGAUCAGCUAAACCUUUAAGAAGAAUAAACAUUGAGGAAAUCAAUAAUGAUGUCCUAAAUGCAAAUUUGAUGCCCACCAGACAAUCCGAGCCUAGUCAAUCUGAAACACAGGAAUUAAUAUCUAUUAAGAAUCAAAAUGAAGAUUUCUCUUCUCCAUCUGGGACUCCCAAAGCAAAGCUGCUGAAAAUAGAAGAAAUUGGUGAUCCUUUGUUGACUGAAUCUGUUACCACAAAUGCUGUGAAAGAAAAAACAUCACUUCAGCCUAGUGCUAUAAAAAAUCAAACUAAGAUAGAAAACUACAUUAUUUCUUCUGUGUCUGAAUUUUCCAUGCCUCCAGUCCCUGUGAAUUCUUUCCAACUUGAAUCAGAUUUCCGAAAAUUAAAAAGUUACCCCGAUCAAUUGUAUAGAUAUUUGAAGAUCAACUCAGAAAACAGCUUUAAUCAGAAAAAAAAGUACAAAGACCAAAGAGGAAGUUAAAGGACUAAAGCCCCAAAUCCCUACCUGGAUUUAAAAUUGGAUUUGGAGAAAUUAAAAAUAAUACAGGAAAAAGAAAACCGAGGGAAAGCACUCUUUAAUGAAGAUUUGAAUUAUUUGUGAUAGAUUUGAUAUUGGAUGAAAGAACAAAGAGGAAGCUAAAAUAUUAAAGCACAAGAAAGGAAAUUUUACAAUUGGAUUUAAAAUGGAAUUUGGAGAAAUUAAAAACAAUAAAAGGAACAGAAAUUGAAGAGAAAGUAUUUUUUUGUGGAUUUAAACAAGCUACUUUUCUGUCUUGGGAUUUGUGGAUUGGAGAGAGACAUCUGCUGGUGGAAAGAAAGCACUACAAUGAUUGCCUUGAAAAUUGAAGGAACAGCAAGGACUUUGAUUACUGUGAGACAUUUUAAGGAGUAUUUGUUUAUUUUUUAAGCAGCUGACUGUUUAAAAACAGUCUUUGAAAGACUUUGAAAGUCUUUGAAAGUCUCCUGACUUUGAAAGGAGGUGAAAAAGAAUAAAGCCUUAAACAGGAAUGGACUAGAUAAAUAUUUGAACUAGAUAUUAUGUGGAAAUAAAAGAGAGAGAGAGAGAGAGACUACAUGGACUUGAAUCUUAAUUAAACAUAAAUCAAAAUAAAAACUUUUUUGAAUUGACAAUAUGGAGCAUUGGGAGUAUGAGGAGUAUGAGGAACUAAUGGAGAUGCUAAAAAUGUGCGUGAAGCAUUUAAGGAUAAUAAAGAAGCAGAAGCCUGAUUAGAAUACACAAAAAAGGAAAAAAUGAAUAUAAAUGAGAAGCAAGAAGAAAAUGUUGAAGGGAAAAUAACUCACGAUAAAAAGAUAAUUACAUUGGGAUUGACAGUGACAAAAAAAAAUGGAUAGGGGAGAAUAUCCCCCAAAAAAGGGAAGAGAAGGAAAUGGGAAAAGAUUGGAUAAAAACAGGGGGAGAAUUAUGAGGGUAACAGUCUUAAAAGUGAGGGAAAGGAUUCAGGGGAAAAGAUAUAAUAAAUAAUAAUAAUAAGAGGAGGAGGUGGAGAAUGGGAUAAAGGGAGAAAAAUAUUAAGAAGUGGAAUUUUGGACAGCUCAAAAGAAAAUGGUUAAAAGAGGAAGAAUAAUGGAGAGAAGGAAGGGAAAUAAAGCAUUUAUUAGUUGAUUUAAGGAAACUAUGUUAAUAGUAGAAAUUGUAUGUAAGAAGCAAAUAAGAUGAGGUAUAUUGUUUAUUGUAAAAUGGAUCAGCAGAUGCAAUAUGGAAUGUAAUCUGGUUUAACUAUGAAAAUAACUGAAAUUAAGAUAUAAAAUUGAAAUGUUAGUAAAUAAAAUAAAAUAAUUAAUUGAUGUUAGAAUAAGAAAUUAGGAAUUAAGGAAAAUAAGAGGGGGAAGGUUAACUAAGUUAAAAGGUUUCAAUGUAAAAAUGGAAUAAGAUGAAAUACAUUAUUAAUAAUCAAAAACUGUGAUGGGGAUUUUGAGAAAUAUUCAAUUAUGGAAAAAAAAUCGGGGUUGCUUGGAUACCAUUUUGGAAAAUAUUGAAUUGAAAAUGAAGAGAGAAUGGAAACAAUGAAGAGAGAAUGGAAAGAGGAGGAGAGGGAUAGAAGGAGGGGAGAAGAGGAGGAGAGAGGAACAGAAGAAAGGGAAAAGGCGAGGAAGAAAGGGAGGGGAAACGAGUAGAUGAGAAGGUCAGAAAGGGAGGAAGGAAGGAGGAGUGGGGGGAAGGAGAGAAGGAGAAGGAGAGGAAGAAAGAAGAAAGUAGAAAAGGAUAGAAGAAGGGAGGGAAGGGAAAGAGAAGAGAAGGAGAAGAAGGAUUGUUGUAAAAGGGCAAACCCGAGUAUACUCAAACUUAUUAGGAUAAAGAACGAACUAAUAUGGAAGUUAAAAGAGAAUAUAUAAGAUUAACAAUGGAUAAGAUAACUAAUUGAAAUAAUGUUAAAAAAUUAGGAUUUGAGGGCGGAUGGUGAUAUAAUAAGUAUGGAAGUAUUAAAACAAGAUUUAAAAAGUAGAGAAAAAGAGUAUUUUAGCAGAAAUUGAAACUAUGUAAAGUGAAUUUGGAUAUGAUAAGUUGUAUAAGAUAUGAUUCAGUCAAUACUCAUAAAAUAUGUGUAUGUGAAAGAAAAAAAAUCAAUAAAACUUGUUUCAAAAACAAUCCUUAUUUUAUUAAGGAGUUUUAAAGUUACCUUGUGUCUCCAAAUUGAUAUUAUUGUGGUUCAUUGGACUAAAUUUCUGAAUUUAUUGCUUCUUGAAUUGACGUAUCAACAAUAUACCUUUUUUUUCUCCUGAUUUCCAAAAUAUUUG